CGCGGCAUCAUGUGAUAGCUCCCCCUUUUUCCAACAUGGCGGCGCCCAGUUCUGCUCUUCGGACUCUUCAGCUUGUGCAGAACAAAGGUCUGAAAAGAAUAUUCUCAGGAAUUCAGCCAACCGGGAUUCCUCACCUGGGGAAUUAUUUUGGUGUCAUCACAAGCUGGGUGAAGCUACAGGAAGAAUGUAGUUCUGUAUUAUACAGCAUUGUGGACCUCCACUCCCUCACCAUACCAAGAGAGCCGGCUGUUUUACGUGAAAGCAUCCUAGACAUCACUGCUGUUCUCCUGGCCUGCGGUAUAAACCCACAAAGAUGCUUCCUUUUCCAGCAGUCCCAGGUACCUGAACACUCUCAGCUUAGCUGGGUCUUAGGGUGUUUGAUAGGCAUCCCACGUCUGGAACAUUUUCCCCAGUGGAAGCUUAAAAAGGCCAGUCAGACAAGUGGAGGAACUGUUGGGCUCUUCACCUAUCCUGUCCUUCAAGCGGCAGAUAUUCUUCUCUACAAGUCAACACAUGUUCCUGUUGGAGAAGAUCAAAUCCUCCACUUGGAGCUGACUCAAGAUACAGCCCGCCACUUCAAUAAGAAGUAUGGGGAGUUCUUUCCAGUACCCAAAGCCCUUCUAACCUCAUCCAAAAAAGUGAAGUCCCUCAGAGAUCCCACAUCGAAGAUGUCAAAAUCAGACCCUCAUAAAUUAGCCACGGUGUGCAUCACCGAUAGUCCUGAGGAGAUCAAGCUGAAAUUUCGCAAGGCUGUCACAGACUUUACCUCUGAAGUGACCUAUGAUCCCGAACACCGCCUGGGAGUCUCCAAUCUUGUGGCUAUUCACUCUGCUGCAACAGGACUCAGCACAGAGGAAGUGGUACAGCAGAGCAUUGGCCUGGAUACGGCCCAUUACAAGGCAAUGGUGGCUGAAGCAGUCAUCGAAAAACUUGCACCCGUUAGGAAUGAGUUUAAGAGAUUAAAAGAAGACAAAUCUUACCUGGAAGAGGUUCUGUCAUCCGGAGCAGAGAGAGCCAGAGAACUUGCAGCUCCUGUAUAUUGGGAAGUUAAAAGAUUGGUGGGGUUGAACUGAAUCCAAGAAAAAGCAGCUACCAUCUUUCAUUACUUCAGUUUGUGCCCUACUGUAUGUUACAGUCCUCUGUUUUGAGGGUCCAAAAGAAGACUGAUUGACAAAUCUUUCCCUCACAUGUAUUGAUUUUUUUUAGAGCACGGCUUGGAGACUGCAGAGAGCCAAACCACAUGCAAUACAAUGAAGACAUCUAAGUACAGUUAGGGUGGAAAGCUGAAUCUGCUCCAAAGGCCAGGUUUCUCACAAGAUAGAUGAUUGCGUGUGUGUGUGUGUUUGUGUGUGUGUGUGUGUGUGUCUGUCUGUCUGUCUCACUUCCGGAAGAAACCCUUCCCAUUUCUGCCACACAACAGACCCUUUGGCCACUAGUGGCUGCAGUUCAUCAUUCCCAGGAUCAUGAGUGGUGGAGACAAUUGUAGCUGAUCUAGGUUUGGUCUGUCCUCAAAGGCAGAAGGUGGGAAGGCAUUGAGAAUUAAGAUCUUUUAAGAAACGUCUUCUAAAAAUGCUGUGAAGCCAGCUCAGCUGAAAACUUUUCUCACUGUUGAGACUUUUAAAAAAAAUGAUCCCCCUUAUUUUUAUAAGUAACUCAAGGGACUGAACAUACCUAAUACACCUGCUUCCUUCCUUUCCCCCCACAACAACCCUGUGGGGUGUGUGAGGCUGAGAAAGAGUGGCCUAAAUUACCCAGCCAGUUUUCAUGCCUAAAGCGGGAUUAGAACUCAGAGUCUCCUGCAGGAGUGGGAUUCGACGGUUCGGGGGAACCAGUAGCUGUGAAGAUCAGCUGCGAGAGAACCAGUUCGCUCCGACCUUCAGGUGGGCCUGGGCCCACCCACCGUCCCUGGGCUAUACUCACCUAUAUUUCCUUGUUUUUUAGUUCGGCUGAUAGGCGCGGCAGAGCUGAUUCCCAUUCCUCUGCUGUUUUGGUGUGCCUCAGCUGCAGUAGAAGGCAAGUCCUUUAGCAAAGCACGCACUCAGUGAACCGGUUGUCGGACUGGUUGAAUCACACCACUGGUCUCCUGGUUUAUAGCUUGGUGCCUUCGCUACUAGACCACAACUUGACCCUUCGUUGCUCCCAGGUCUAUGACUGCAACUUUCCUGAGAGGAAAGACAAAAAUAUAGCAAAGCCCUGAAGGAGCUUUAGGCUGAAGACGCUCAGUGAAGUGAUGGCUCUUGUCUUAGGGGAAGAAGGAAGCUCAAUCUGGUUUGUGGUCUCAGGGAUAAGAUGGGGAGAGCGGCUAGUUCAGAGUUUGAAUUUCUUUCCUCUUUUCCCUUCCCCUUUCCAGUGUGAAAGCUGCCCUAGACAACUUGGGCUUAAAGUGAUAAAAAUGGUACAUGAUUCUGAGCAACGAUGUUGCUUAGAAUAUUCUGCCUCCCUAAUGCAGGCUUUGGUUCUUGCAUAAGAGAGGGUAUUUUAUUCUGUUACAGAGCUUAUGAAGAUAGGAAAUGGCACUUAUUUUCUAAGAUAUAUUUUGGGAAAAGUCAGCCACACAUCUCUGGAUAUUUGAAAAGUGAGUGCUGAGUUUAUAAUUUGUGUUCUUUCUCAGAGCAGAGAAGUUAUUCCUUCCAUUCUUUAAGAAGUGAACUGCAUCUGUGCAUCUUUUUUCUGGUAUGUUUGCAAGUUUAUUUGAAGUGCAGCAUAACCUAUGGAAAGCAGGACAACAUUAUUAAACUGUGGAUGUUUGACAGGCAGAAAAGCCUCUGCUUUGUGAACUUAGUUGUUGUUGUUUUUUCAUGUGGAGCCAAACUGGUUCUGAAACAGACGUCUUCAAGUUUUUGUGCCUUACGUAAGUGUGUGAGCAAAAGACUGCAGCCAGAGCCAGGGUUCCCAAACAGCUGCAUAGCAACUCUAACUCUCUUAUUUUGUUCCAUGUUUACUAACUUCAUAGAAAGCCCUACAAACUCCAGAGCCAGUUUUCCAAUGUCAUCCCCUUAAAGUUUAGCAUUGUUAGAUCAUGGUCUUGAGAAAAAUCCCCAAAUGAUGUGGGAGCAGCCAUAAACCUAUCCAGCCGAUGCUUCAUCAUCAGUUCUCUAUUCUUCACACCCUGGCUGCGAAACUAAUUCUUCUCUAAGGUUCCCAGGAUUUGUGUGUAAGCAUCUAUGUAGACAUAAAAAACAUGUGUGACACGGCCUUCCCUAGCCCAUUGUGUGGAAAAAGAGGGUAUGUUUGUACUACAUGAUAAUACCUCUGGCUAUUCCCUCUUUGAGGGAGGUGAACGGUUCAGAAAUGUAAAAUAUAAAUAAGUAAGUAAAUACUCUACCCAGCUAUAGUACUAUCAUGGUUGUGCCCUGUGGCCAAAUGGCCAGGGCCAGCCCAAAAAGCACUGGCGCAGCCUGACAGCACCUCCUUGCAUCCUGCCAAAGAGCUGAUUGGUGGGUUCCUGGGAGAGUAGGAAAGUAAAGGGCAGGAUGCUAGCAUCUUCUUCUGAAUUGCCAUCUGGAAACUGUUUACACGUGGCUGCCUGCUAACCACAGACAGAUUCAGCUCUCUAUCCAGACUCAUCAAAUUGCAUGUUUGAAAACAAACUCACACUCUUCAGUUAACCAUUUUAGCUCUUUAGGGGGUUUAAAUUCUACCUUUUACUGGCUAAUUUAAACAAAUGUUCACUUUUGUGUGCAGAUGUCUCUGUCAUCAUCAGCCACCACUGGUUUGCUUUUCAGUGUCAAAUUGUAAAGGCCUUCUCUGCUGCAGAGAAACACUUGCAGGGUGGGGGUGGGGAGAGAAUUCAGUGCUUUUCCUGCAGUGUAUGAUUUUUCCCAAUUCUCUUUAUACUCAGUGCAUUGACAUGAACCCCCCACAUAAGCGAAUAUGAAUUGAUACAAUGGAAAGAACUGUUGGGCCCGUUAUCUCGUUCUAAAGGCAGUGAAAGAUGAAAACAGUAAUAAAACAGUAAUAAAAUAGUAAUAGUAAUAGACUUUUGUUGCUUUUGUUGCUGAAUGAACUGGAAACCGUGGUUGGUAAAAUGAUUAAAAUGCUGGUGAAUGGGAA